UUACAACGGGUUUGAGCCAACCAAGAAAAAUAUGGUUAUUUCUUUAUCGAUUAACCGUGAUAAUUCAACAUUUUAUAAAUAAACGUACCGGCAUCCGUUCCUGCCUUUAUUUGUAUUUUGUUUUCUCUAAAGCUGUUGUUGAACGUCACACAGCGGAACGUUUCGGUUCUGCUGAAACAAGUACGGAAGGGAAAGUCAGCAGGAAUGUAGCAGUGCAGCCCGGACAGAGUUUAGUGUAACACUAGCUGGAUACAUGUGAGUGACAGCGUUGUUCGUGGAUACGGAGCGAUGAGACGGCUGUACAUCGGCGGGUUGAGCCACACGGUCACCCAGAAGGAUCUAAAGGAUCGAUUCGGAAAGUUUGGAGAGGUGGAGGAUGUGGAGCUCCGGACCCGGAGGGACGACGAGGGCGUUCCUUACAAAACUUUUGGCUACAUUAACAUCAACAUUUCAGACGCCGACCUGAAGAAAUGUUUGACGGUGUUGAACAAAUCCAAAUGGAAAGGAGGAACUCUGCAGAUUGAAACAGCCAAGGAGAGUUUCCUGCACAGACUGGCUGAGGAGCGGCAGACGGCAGCAGAGCAGCGUCUCCCGCAGACGGAGGACCAGAGACAGAAGAUGCUGGACUCCCUGAGCAAAGCUGGCGUGGACAACUUCACUAUGAAGGCUGCGGUGCCAGGGACGGAAGUACCAGGACACAAGGACUGGGUGGUCAGUAAAUUUGGACGGGUCCUCCCCGUCCUGCAGCUCAGGAGUCAAAAAGGCAGCAGAGCUCGGACCCUGAAGUACGACCCGUCCAAAUACAGCCACAACAUCCGCAAGCUGGACCGGUCCACCGCGGACCAGCCCACCACAGACCAGCCCACACCUGUCACCCAGCUCACCUGGGAGGUGCAGGGAGGGGACGAUGACAUCAGCAAGAAGAGGCGGGGAGAGUUUCCUCCGUAUGAGCCGCCGACGCGCAAGAAGAGUCGGACAGACGUGGUCAACUCCCACGCUGCCGAGGGCAGAACCAGAUUGAAGCAGACGGUUGACUCUGUCGAUGGCACUGAGGCUCAUCAGUUCACCAACGGAUAUGAACCACCAACCGACCACCGACUGGCUCAGGGGAAGGGGCCACGUUUGACUGACAGUGAUAUGGAUUCAGACGAGGAAAUCCGCAGAAUGGCGAGGGCCCACAACCCCUCCCAUGCUGCACUGCGGCAGGAAGAGGAGGAUGAUAAACUGGAAGUAGUCGGACUCGACUACUUGGAGAAGUCCAGCCGUGCUCGUCAGCAGCAGAGAGGUAGCGCAGGUGACGAAGAAGAGAACGACUACGACUCGGCAGACACCGAUGAACUCUUCGCCUCCAGGAAACCUCCUCCACCAGCGCAAGAGAGACUGACUCUGCCGACUGCAGAACAGCUCGCAGGAAACGACACGGACAAGAAGAGAAAGACGAAGAAGAAAGGUAAAGCUGGGGAGGAAGAGGACAAUCCAGCGGAUUCUGAAAAACACGUCAGCUCCAGGAAACCGUCCUCCGCACAGCAGAGCGUGGAUUAUGAUGAGCCCGGUUCUCAGAACCAAAGGAAGAAGAUAAAAGUCCUCCCUGUUGUAAAACCCCCUUCCUCAGAAUCAGACAGUGAUGAUGAUGAAGAUGAUGUGGAUGAUGAUGAUGAUGAUGAUGAUGAUGAAGAGGAGGAGGAGUUAGAAUCGGCCGAUUACAGUUCAGAUUCUGAUUAUGAAGCCAUGUUUUCUAACGUCACCCGUCUGGAGCUCUCUCUGGCUGAUCUACAGAGGCUAGCCGAAGAAUCCCAGCAGAGCUGUAAGACUACGGCUCCCAGCGUCCUCGGCGCCUCCCCGGAACAAGAAACCAACCUCCCAUCCAGGCCUCCAGGACGACCCGCUCCCAAGAAAGGCACGACGCCGGAAGAGAUCCUCGCCGCCCUCAUGGAGGAGGACAGCAGCGAGGACGAGCAGAAGAAGACAAAGAAAAGCAAAGGCGCCGGGUCAGCGCCACUGCCUGCCUUCCAGGGGACAAGAGCGCUGGACGACAGAGCACAAACAGAUGAGUGUCCGAGGAGACGCAAAGUAGAGGAGGAAGAGGAGAAGGAGGGGGGAAGAGGAGGUCAGGUUAAAAAACAGAAGCUGCACUCUGAAGCUCCUCAGCUGAACCAGAGAGCAACGGGCGGCAAAACCAACGGACAGAAACCCAGCGCAACACAGGAUACAUCUUCGGAGGAGGAGGAGGAAGCUGAGACUGUUCCCUCCUCUAGCAGUGAUGAUGAGGAAGAGGAGAGGAUGGAGGCCAGUCGGGCUGAUGUUAGAGCUAAAGCUGCAGCAACGGCUUCAUCUUCGUCCUCCAGCUCCUCCGCUGAGGACGAGCAAGAGGUGAUUUCAUCUGAAGCUGCCGUGAAAGCAGCUCCUCACAGCGAGUCCUCCUCCAGCGAGGAAGAGGAGGAGGAGGAGGAGGAUGAAGAAGAGGAGGGGGAGGAGGAGGCUCCUCGCCGGGUGGCGUUAGGAGCUGCGGAGGAAGAGGAGCGGCAGAGGAAGGCCAACGCGAGGAGGCUGGCUGCCGUCAAGCAGAGACAGAAAGAGGCUGAAGAACACAAGAAGCUGAUCCAGGGAGCUCUGGCCAACCUGGAUGCUCCAACAGCAGGAGCAGGGAAGCACAUCGUCUUUGGCUCUGAUGAUGAGGGUGAAGAUGGUGUUGGUAAUGAUGCAGAUAAGCAGCAGGCAACCUCAGAGGUCACAACGUCAAAGAAGACUCUGUUCCAGGACAGCCAAUCGGAGGACGAGGCCACAGGUGAUGAGGCAGCAGUCAAUGAGAACGCCACAACACAAGGAAAGGUGCAUCUGAACCCAUCGGGCCCUCAGCUGUUUGGCGGCAGUGAGAACGAGGAGGAUGCUGAUGAAGAGGAGGAUGGCAGCAGGUUUGACAUCAGGCCUCAGUUUGAAGGCAAAGCAGGACAGAAGCUGAUGGAGCUGCAGUCUCGCUUCGGGACGGACCAGCGUUUCAGGAUGGAUUCUCGCUUCCUAGAGGAGGAAGAGGACAAAGAGGAGGAGUCAGAGAAAAAGAAGAGCGUGACUGAGGAAGAGGAGGCUCUGGACGAGGAGAGGAAGAAGAACCUGUCCAUCCUGCAGAGCGUCCUCGGCAGCAGCCAACAAACCUGCAGCAGCAAGACGGCCGGCAGAGCCAAGACCUUCAGAGACGUCUCAGCGCUGCAUUACGACCCCAGCAAAGAGGAACACGCUGCGUUUGAGACCAAAAGCGAUGAAACCAAAAAGGAGAGCAAAGCGGCCAGAAGGAAGAAGAGGGAGGAGGCUCAGAAACUUCCGGAGGUUUCUAAGGAGAUUUACUACGACGUGUCCGGCGACCUGAAGGCCGUGUUCGGUCAAACCAAGAAGGAUGACGUCGCCGGAGAGGACGAGAAGACGAACUGGGACCAAGAGGAAGAACGAGAAGACGACGAGGAGGAAGGAGGGAAGGAAGAACGGCCAACCCUGCAGUCGUCUCUCCUCUUCGCCGAUCCCGGCGCCGAGAAAGAGGAGGCUUCUGGAUUUAAAUUUUCCUUCUUUGGAGACGACACAGAAACAGGAAGUGGAGAGACAGAGUACAAAGUAGAGAGCAUCCAGGCGCCAAAGGUGUCAUGGCAACAAGACCUACGUUUCCAUGACAGCAGCUCAGAUGAAGAAGAGGAAGAGCAGGAGGACGAGGAAGAGCAAAGCAGCAUCGCCGCUUUAACCACAGAAGAGGAGACUCCUUCAAAGACAGAUCUAUUCUUCUUCUAUCCUGAAGACAGCAGACUGACAGAGGGCCCCAGGUUGUUCUGUCGUUCCUCUCACCUGGAGGAGCAGAGGGAGCAGUGGGAGGAAAGGAGGAGCGAGCUCAGACAGGAGUACCGCAAAAAACACAAGGACGCCCGGAGGAAGCUUAAGUCCUCCCAGAAGAGCUGAGGAUUAUGGAAGGUGAAGUCUCUGUGUUUCAGUCUGGACUCACUGGACUUCAGAAUUAUUUCUCUGUGCCAUUUUGUGCCCCAGACUGAUUUUAGCAGUCAGCAGGAGGAACACCAAAUGGCCUCUGAAGAUACAGACACCAAGUGAAAGAGCAUCAGUAUCAGAUUUAUUUUUUAUUUUAGUAAAUACUGAGAUAUUUUGUGGUCCGAACUUCCUGUUGGUCCAUCUGGUUUGGUUUUCUUGUUAGUUGCCAUGGAAACAAUGCUGAAAAUGAACUUCUGGACAAUCCUCAGCAGCAGCCAAUCACAGCCUCAAAGGACCAAACCUGUUAAAACUGUAAAAACAAAAUAAAUAAAUGAACAA